AAGAAGAAGAAGCCGUUGUAGAGGAUGAAGCCGGAGGGCACAUGGUCUGUUUUGUUUAACGUGUGAAUGUUUAAACAUUUCUUCGGUCCAGCUUAAACAAGUUCAUGAACAAGUGGUUAAGAGCUGCGGAAGAAACAUUCACAGAGUUUAACGAAAUAACCGUCGAGUCGGAGGAAGAGAUGGACGAUCAGCGCAGACUGCUGGCUUUUUCCCGGACUCCCCAGAUAAUCUUACACCGAAUAAAUCGCCAACGACAAAACGUUUAUGAGAAGCUAUGUGACCUGGAGAGGAGCUCCACUCUGGACCAGGAGGAGUUAGAACCUCUGCAGGGGAAACAAGAACAGGAAGAGCCAGAUGAUCAACAGAGAAAAGAAGAGCAGGAGGAUCUAAAACAUCAGCAGAUAAAAGUGGAAGAGAAAGAAGUUUACUGCAGUCAGAGUGAAGAACAGGUGCAUCAAAACAGGAGACUGAUACCUUCAUGGGGGCUACUGUUUAUGAGCAAACACACCACACUGAAUCAGAACCAAACGGGAACCAAGUCAAUUUCCAGGAAGCUGCUGAAGCUGAGAAGAAAAAUCAGGGAAGAAGCAAACCUUUCUCAUGUGUCAUCUGUGAAAAACGUUUCACUGCCAAAUAUGCUCUCAAUGAUCAUAUUAGAAUUCACACCGGUGAAAAGCCAUUUUCAUGUGGGAACUGUGGACAAAGUUUUAGUCAAAAACAGGAUUUAACUCGGCACAUGAUGAUUCACACCCUUGAAAAGCCGUUUCCAUGUGGGAACUGUGGACAAAGUUUUAGUAAUGAACAGAAUUUGACUCGGCACAUGAUGAUUCACACUGGUGAAAAGCCGUUUUCAUGUGGGAACUGUGGACAAAGUUUUAGUCAAAAACAGAAUUUAACUCGGCACAUGAUGAUUCACACCCUUGAAAAGCCGUUUCCAUGUGGGAACUGUGGACAAAGUUUUAGUAAUGAACAGAAUUUAACUCAGCACAUGAUGAUUCACACUGGUGAAAAGCCGUUUUCAUGUGGGAACUGUGGACAAAGUUUUAGUCAAAAACAGAAUUUAACUCGGCACAUGAUGAUUCACACUGGUGAAAAGCCGUUUUCAUGUGGGAACUGUGGAAAAAGUUUUAGUCAAAAGCAUCAAUUAACUCGGCACAUGAUGAUUCACACUGGUGAAAAGCCGUUUUCAUGUGGGAACUGUGGAAAAAGUUUUAGUCAAAAACAGGAUUUAACUCAGCACAUGAUGAUUCACACUGGUGAAAAGCCGUCUUCAUGUGGGAACUGUGGACAAAGUUUUAGUCAAAAGCAUCAAUUAACUCGGCACAUGAUGAUUCACACUGGUGAAAAGCCGUUUUCAUGUGGGAACUGUGGACAAAGUUUUAGUCAUGAACAGAAUUUGACUCAGCACAUGAUGCUUCACACUGGUGAAAAGCCGUUUUCAUGUGGGAACUGUGGAAAAAGUUUUAGUCGAAAGCAUCAUCUAACUCGGCACAUAAUGAUUCACACCGGUGAAAAGCCGUUUCCAUGUGGGAACUGUGGAAAAAGUUUUAGUCAAAAACAGGAUUUAACUCGGCACAUGAUGAUUCACACUGGUGAAAAGCCGUAGAACUAUUUUCCAUAUUUGUCCCAUGUUGAGUUUCAUUAUAAAAGUCAUUUAGAUGAAAACUGGAGGGCUUUCUUGUUUAUAAAGUGGGAAAAUGGUUUAAGUUUCUAAUUUGUUAAAUGUGAUCAUUUGGAUCUUGACAUUUGGAUACUUAGAGAUGUACAAUAUGAAUUUGAAGUAUUGAUUUGUAUUAUUCUGUAUGGAAAGAAUGAGUGGGGUGAAUGAGGUUUACUUUAAUACAUUUUUAAUCCAAAAUAAAAUGUGCUGUUGUGCACUCUUUGUAGAUUUUCAUUACGGUAAUUGUUUUGCACUUUGAAAUUUACUGUAUUAAAAAAAAUCUUUGAUAGGUUUGUCUUUAAAGCAAAACUAGACUGAAACUGAUGCUGUUAUUUGUUUCAAAUUAUAUUAACCUGUCUAUAUAAAAGCUUUUCAAAUAAAUUAAUAUGCCCUUUUGCUUAGAAAAUGCAAUAUACAUAUUUUCCUUCAUUGAUUGUGCUUGAUUGUACAAAGUAUGUGUGAUUAUUCUCUCCAAUAAUUUGGUGUGUAGCUUGUCGUAGUUGUAUAAUUUUUCUAUUUUCUGCUGUGGCUGUUUUCUAUUAAAGAUCACUAUCUUUUCUUAAA